AAAAAGUGCCUCCAACAUGGGCUCAUCGCCUGGAGCCAAGUUCAACACCCUUAGCACAAGUACCCCAAGUUUGUGCCAGGCGAUCUGCAUGGUAACCAACCCAAGCGUCCCACGACCGUAUCUUCUCUCUACUUGCCCCAGCUGCUGUACUGGGUACUUUCCUCCGGGGAGGUCAUUUUCCCCAUGUAGGGUUCAAGGGUGGCUUGCAUAACAGAAGGUCUCACUCACACAUCGGGAUGUCCGUCUCCUCCUUGAUUUUUAUGACAUACAAACAUAAAAAUCUCCUCCUCGUAGACGCCAGAGAGCACUAUCUUCCCUGAUGGUGGUCUAAGUCGACCCAGGGUUGAUAAAUGAGCUACGGUCAUCAACGUUUGUACGGUACACCAUGGGUAGCUACCCCACUAACGCUCCCGAGUAGACCUUCGCUGAAGAAAGCUUGACCAACAGUCCCCCCACACUUUGUACCGGCGUCUAUCCUUCAAGCUUCAAAAUAUCUACGUACCGAUUGGUGCUCCUUCUCUUUUGGGUCAUUUGGUCGGUCAUUUGAAAACAAGGUUCUUGAGUGUGUUAGGUAUGACAUUUUGUCUUGCAUUAUCCACCCCUCUCCUUGCGGAGAAUUCAGGAUAGUGUCUGACCAGAUUCCCACCGCCCCAUGGGAACCGGUGAUGUUUUACGGUUAUCUCACCACGAGUAGUGUUUUACGGUUAUCUCACCACGAGUCCCCAACCUUCAUGUGAAUCGCACAGUUGACCAAAAGGAUUGCUGUGUCUAUAUUUAUGCUUCGUUUCCGUUUUCGUGUUGUGUGUAAGGUGGCCAAUAACCUUCUACUCUUGCUUACUUUUGCGUUUUCAACUUUGAAAAGGAAAAAGAAAAAUGGUAAGCGUGUGGAAAUUUUUUUCGUUGAAUUCUCAGUUAUUUCAUAUCUGGCUUGUCAUGUUUGUGGUACUUUAUGAGAAAAUAAAAGGUCGGUUAGUUCAGCUCCUUCAUGUCUGGCUUGGCGGGUUUGUGUUACGGUAUCGGAAAAAUAAAAAUCGGUUAGUUCAGUUUUUCCAUGUCUAGCUUGUCAGGUUUAUGUUACGG